CAGAAGAACGUUAGGACGGUGGCUCAGUAGCCCGUGAAUGUGUAUUUGUUAGUGCAUAAUCCCAUUCCUCUUUAGUUAGUUAGUACUGUUAGCGUGGAAGUGGGUUGGUGGGUUAGUGAGUGGGCUGAGAACAGCAGCAGAAACGGGCUCGUUGCUGGUUUAGCUCGAGCCUAACGAGCUAAACAUUACUUGUUAGCUUGUAGCCCAGUCGGUGAACGUAGGCAGCGUACAAACUCCAGCUGAAGCAUGGCGCUCAAGUCCGGCGAGGAGCGUCUGAAGGAGAUGGAGGCUGAGAUGGCGCUCUUUGAGCAGGAGGUUCUCGGUGGGCCAGUACCAGUAUCAGGAAGUCCACCUGUCAUGGAGGCAGUACCUGUAGCUCUGGCUGUCCCAACAGUUCCAGUGGUGCGACCCAUUAUAGGAACCAACACCUACAGACAGGUCCAGCAGACAUUAGAAGCCAGAGCUGCAACUUUUGUUGGACCUCCACCACAAGCCUUUGUGGGACCAGUUCCUCCAGUACGACCUCCUCCUCCCAUGAUGAGACCGGCUUUUGUUCCACAUAUUCUGCAAAGACCAGGUGGUCCGAGGCUACAGAUGAUGCGUGGUCCUCCAGUAGCACCUCCUUUGCCACGACCUCCUCCACCUCCACCCAUGAUGCUCCCUCCUUCCCUGCAGGGCCCAAUGCCUCAGGGACCAUCUCAGCCCAUGGCUGCUCCACCUCAGGUUGGUGAUAUGGUUUCGAUGGUGUCAGGCCCACCUACGCGACAAGUAGCCCCACUUCCUGUCAAACCAACACCGUCAAUCAUCCAGGCAGCACCAACUGUGUACGUUGCUCCUCCUGCCCAUGUUGGACUAAAAAGAAAUGAAGUUCACGCUCAGAGACAGGCCCGAAUGGAAGAACUGGCAGCGCGGGUGGCCGAGCAGCAGGCUGCAGUGAUGGCUGCAGGUCUGCUCAGCAAGAAGGAGAGCGAGGACAGCGGCACGGUGAUUGGACCUAGUAUGCCGGAGCCUGAACCCCCCCAAACUGAGCAUGUGGAAACUACUACUGAAGACAAAAAAAGGGCAAAAUCGGAGAAGGUGAAGAAGUGUAUCCGCACAGCUGCAGGGACGACCUGGGAGGACCAGAGUCUGCUGGAAUGGGAAUCAGAUGACUUCCGUAUUUUCUGUGGUGAUCUUGGUAACGAGGUUAAUGAUGACAUACUGGCCAGAGCCUUCAGCAGAUACCCAUCUUUCCUCAAAGCUAAGGUGGUCAGGGACAAACGGACUGGAAAAACCAAAGGCUACGGUUUUGUGAGCUUCAAGGAUCCAAAUGACUACGUGAGAGCCAUGAGAGAGAUGAACGGGAAGUACGUUGGUAGCCGUCCCAUCAAACUGAGGAAGAGCAUGUGGAAGGACCGCAACAUUGAAGUGGUUCGCAAGAAACACAAAGAGAAGAAGAAACUGGGCCUCAGAUAGUUUCCAGUUUGUGUGUGGCCUCAAGGCCAGACUGUGAGAUCAUGACCCGGUCCAUGGACUCAUAACUUUUUGUUUUCCUUCUAAAAUAAAACCAAUAUUUUUAAGA